AUGGCUGGACGUGAUGACACCAGCUCCGAGCUGGAGCCUUCUGGCGAUGCCUGGCCACCCGACUCCGAGGACUUCGAGGAGACUCUGGUCGAAGGGCCUGAUGAAGGGCGAGGUCAAAGGACGGGGUGGAGGGAGUUGGACAACAUCUGUGUCACGGUAAGCCACCUCUCCCAUGCCGAGGGCCUCCACCCGAACACGCUUGAGAUUUCGGCGGCAGACCAUGGUGCGGGCCCAGCUCCGGAUGACCCACGAGCAUCGGACGACAGCGCUGACAACGAUGCAGAGGAGGAACCUUCCACUGCGAACGCGGUGGCGGCGGAGAUCACGGAGACCAUGACCCGUGAAGGCCGGACGGUCAUGACACCGGCGGAACUGCGCAGAUCCACCUCCGUCCCGGCCAAGCAGAAGCAGCGGCCCUUCCCGACCUUCGUCCACGGCACCGUCUUCGGGCUCUACACCAGCAGCCAAGCCAAAGGCGAGCCGCAAGUCGGGGACCUCAGCGACCUCGGGACAGCUGAAUGUGAGAGGGCUAGGGACUUACUCAUGGUUCCAAGGGCCACGCCCGUGGGCAUUGGAUCUCGCGUACACUACCAGCAGUUCCUCCCCUUUGCGGCCGGCGGCCCGUCUGUGUACGAGUACCUCGUCAAGACGCUCCAGCCCGCACCGCGGCCCUCCAACCACAUCUUCUACCAACAGCCGUCCGGGUCCCAAGUCCCGGAACCAUUGCGCCGUCUUGAAGCCCACCAGCAGUUUUCAGCGGCCCACAAUUGGGCGAAGCCAGCAGGACUCAGCAUGCAGGUCUACCGAGAGGUGAUGACCUGGCUCCAAGACGAGGCGGAUCGGGGACGGCCCGUUGAUCUCUGUGUGCUGCAAGAGACAGCCUGGCGUGAUGACCAGGAGUUCAGCACAUGUCACCAGGCACCGGUAGAUUUUCUCCUGGUGUACCAGCAUGCGUGGAAUCCGCAGCGUGCAGAUCUCAGGGGUGCUAACAAAACAGAAGCUCUUCUCAAGCAACGCCGGGCUAUCUGGGCGAAGGUCAACCUGUUGGUGCCACGGCCCCUCACCCAGAUCAAGGCGAGGACUUUUCUCCCACCAAAUGCCGAUCAAACCAAGCUGGGAACCCAGAUAGACUAUGUCAUUGCGAAGGGUCACACUAUUGAUACAGUGGCCAAACAAGCCACAGCCUUCGAUGCACCUUUCGUUCCGGCCAGUGGUUGCAGACAUCGCCCCAUCAAGGUCGGACCCGCGCUCAAGCAGCCUGGCUUCCUUGGGAGCCUUAUGCGGCACACCCGACAGGCCCAGUCCGAACAGGCAGACACCCAGCCAAUAGAUGAGCUACUCUUGGCAGGAGACGGCUCCAGCUGCGGGAUGCACAAGGACAUCUUCAGACCCAUGAGGCGGAAUUUUGCACAGAUUGCGGAGUAUUUCCAGUUACUCUACGAUGGCAUUCCCCUCCAGCAUACCCCUACGCUCACCGAGGACCUCAACAUUACGACGGAGGAGAUCCUACACGCCAUGGCACGCCUGCAGCCCAACAAAGCCGUUCCAUCAGUCAGUGCCCCGGCUGCCCUGUGGAAACAGCUGAGUCAGGUCACGGUCCCUACCCUACGGGCCCAGUUUGCUCAAGUCUUCCGGAAGGGCACACAGACGGUGCCGGAAACCUGGAGUGUCAGCGAAUUGAUCCUGCUCCCGAAGCCGAACAAAUCUCUUCGCACCCCGGCGCACCUCAGGCCCAUAUGCCUGCUACCCCUACAAGCCAAGCUCACUGCAUCCAUUUUGGCCAGCCGCCUACUCCCGUUUGUGAAUGAAUAUCUGAAAGAUCAGCCGCAGUUUGCCUAUGUGCCACACCGCACGCUGGCACAAGCUCUUGAGCGGGUGACCAGCCAUUGUCACACGGUGAGGAACCUACUCCAGCGGAACACCCUCAACAUCCACAACCGCAGACAAGGUCAUGCACAGCUCUCAUUAUGCGGCGGGUGCCAACUCUCACUUGACAUCUCGUGUGCAUAUGACCACGUACCACGGCAGGCUCUGCAGAUGGCUCUGAGAGAGGCCCUGGUCCCGGAAAACCUUGUCCAGGCUGUCCUGAUGAUACAUGAGGAAGCGAAGCUGAAGGUUGCCCACUGUGGGCACGAAAAACUCAUCCCCUUGAGGCGCGGCCUCCGGCAAGGAUGCAGUCUUUCACCAAUGCUCUGGUCCUUGUACACAGGAUGGUUGUUCCGGAAGAUGUACCACCCGGAAGUACUGCCCAUCACCAAGCAUGUGACAAGCUACGCUGAUGAUAAACACUUCGCUUGGGUCAUUAGCAACGGUAGAGACCUGGAAAAGGCUUACGCGGCGAUGAAGCACAUCCUGGCCUCCCUUCAAGAGCUCGGACUCAGCAUAAGCACUGAAAAGACAGUGAUUCUUCUGGAGCUCAAGGGACCACAAGCCGCUAAAGCCGUGACUCGUUAUACGGUCAAAACCAAGGAGGGGCGAUGUAUGCGCUUCAACAUCGCAGCCAAGGAGGUGAAUAUCAAAAUUGUAGCCAAACAUGUCUACCUUGGCGCUGUGAUAGGGUACAAGUCGUUUGAGCAUGACACCUUCCUGCACAGAUCACGCUUGGCCAAGAGUACAUUUACCAGGCUUGGAACGGUGCUGAAGAAUCGCUCGGUCCCAGCUCAUCUCCGAUUCCAACUCUGGAGAGGCUGCGUCUGGCCCACAUGGUUGCAUGGACUGGACAGCGUGGGCCUCAAUGUCAGGGACCGCCAAACGUUGCAUACUCAGCUAAUUGUUCAAGCCCGCACUAUUGCCAACUCGUUCAGCAUGAUCACCAGGGAGUCGAACCUCAAAUUCCUGCAGCGACACCAUCUACCAGACCCGGUACGGCGCCUACAGACCGCAAUCACACUUCGGUCCUCUUAUGACCCAUGGCUUGGCCCGAAGCUCAGGCCAACAGAAGAGCUGCUGAGCUGGCGACGUGUAGUCUACCAACAACUGCUGGAUCCAGAGGUUUGCCCGUGGAGCCAAGCCACCCCUGCCCGUAAUCACCGUCUCCACUACUUGGGGGAUUCUACACAACCCAGUUUCGACUGUGAUGUUUGUGGACAAUCGUUCAGCACCCAAGCUGCCCUGCGAAGCCACAUGUUCCGCAUGCAUCUGGAUCAGCAGUCGAAGACAGAACGGGUGGAUGAGGUGAAGCAAGCUCGAAACAUCCCCUCUAUGGAACAUGCCAAAGAUGGACUACCGCAGUGUCGUCAUUGCCUACACUCCUUCACCACCUGGCAUGCCUUUUUCUACCAUGUACAAGCACAGGGAUGCACCGGCCUACGCCAGUUCCUCAAACAAGCUGCGGAGGAUCACACUCUGCUACCAACUCUCAGCGAAGCCCUCAUUGACAAUCCGACCUUGCUUGAAGCCGCGAGGAACAGCACAUGGCAGGACCUGGCCCGCCUGGACUGUGUCAAGAACAAACUUCAGUAUUGUGUUGAGUGCAAUCAUCGGAGUGCCAAACAGCAAUACGUCCGAAGACACAUGUUAGCCAUGCAUCCUGAACGAACGGACCUCAUUUAUCAAUGUAUCGAGGACAUCAAGAAGAGCAAAGUCAGCAUCAGCAACCCGUGCAACUUCUGCGGACAAUCAUACCAGAGAAAGGACUCCAGGCGGCCGAAGAUGUACGAUGUGUUCGGCUCUCGAAUGGAGGUCACAAUCCCUCUCGAGCUGAGGGAGGCGACACAGGACCUUCACAUGCUCAGAACUCUCCUACCGCAGCCGGAGAGUCAGGAGAUCGAGCUGCUGGCGGACCCAACGUCGGAUGCAGACCGCCAGCCCAAGUGGCCGAGGUCCCACCCCAAAGGGUACGGCAGACACGGAGGCAAGGGCAACCGACAGGGGACACAGCCAACCUCCACAGGUUCAUGGUCCAACGAGCAGGCACACCAGACGGCGCGGGACUCAGGCAAGCCACCACGGCGCCAGCGGGAGACUUCGGACAAGGACCUCGCCAAACAACUGGCGGAGAUGAAGUCCUCCUUGGGGAUGCUCGCCACGUUGGUGCUCAGGCAAGAGAUUCAACAGAACGUGAGCAAACAAGACACAUCUUUUGUGCUCUUCCUCGACACGAGGGGACCUCACAACAUCGCCACCAGCCUGUACAAGAUGGGGGAAACAUGGGUCAACACGAAGCGAGAGCAUCCGGAACGACUCAAAGCCCCCCUCAGGGUCAUAUUGUUUCAACAUCUCAUCGAAGUCGUGCUGCACAAAUUCAAGGCGAUGACCGAUUCGCCGUCAUCCCGCUCAACGGCUCAAAACCUCGGACUGCUCAUGGGAGAUGGGAUCAACGUUCCGGCCCUGAAGUGGGACCCGGAGACCAGACAGCAUGUGCAGGACACGAUGGUGGAGCCCAUCGCGACCACCACGAUCAAGGAGGCCCUGGAGGAGCUGCUGGUGUUGUGCACCAAGACUUUGGUCAUAGCCAGGUUCCAUGGCAUGCGGAAGCUCAGCGAGGAGUACGCCGCCCCCACCCUGGGCAUGUUCCUGGAGAUCGGAAUGAGAACCCCGGAAGCACAUGCAGCUUGGAACCACCUCCAUCGCCUGCAGCAGUCAGCAUCGUGGAAGGCGGCGGGAGUUUUUCUCAGGCACGAACGUCUGCACAUGAGCGCCCUAGCCAAGAAGGCUUUGCUGUUUCUGUCCAGUAAGGAGAACCGUAGUCCAAACAUUUUCGGGGAGAGCCAUUCCGCUUUCCUUCAGGGGCUCAUUAGGCAGCAUGAUGUUGCGGAGUUUCUUCAAUUUCUGUGUGGCAAGACCCUGACUCACCAUCCUUGCAUCGAAAUCUCUUGGCAGGCUAGGACCCAAGUGGGGAAUGGGCCCAGCGCUGUCCUCGACAGGGGCAGUUCUGCUCCACUGCUACUGCCAUCACCUGGUGAUACUACUGAGGAUUGUGGUCUUGAGGUUUCGGUUCAAAGCUUGGUUCACCGAUGGCAUCAGCAGGAGCAGAUACAUGCCAUGUUUGCGCCGGCAGAGUCAAUUGUUCUUCAGCUUUGCCGUUUUGAUUUCGAGGCAGGCGAGACACGAGCUGUGAAGCGUCGCUACAAAGUUCAGCCUGACUCCAGGAUUAGCGUCCCCGCUUUCAGCGAUGACAUGCAACGUCUUCACUACUCGUAUCGCCUUAGUGCUUGUAUUAUUCAUCUGGGCGAUGCCCCGGAUAACGGCCACUACCAUAACGUCUUCUGUAGUGCUACGAACCUCAAUUACUACAUCGGUGAUGAUGGUGUUUCGGCCCGUCCUAUUAGUGAAGGCCAGCUGUGUUUGUUGGGUCGUGAUAUCUAUCUGCUGUUCUAUACUGCUCAUAAGGCCGACUAG